UCCUCCCUCGCCGGUGUCAGGUUUACGGAACGGAGCUCCCGGCCGGACGCGCGGUGGCCUGACGGCGGCGAGGAUUCCAUUCGGCUGACCCGGCCCGGCUUGACCCUGCCCGGGCGCGCCAUGUUCGCGCGUGGGUCCCGGAGGCGCCGCUCUGGGCGCGCGCCUCCAGAGGCAGAGGACCCAGACCGCGGCCAGCCCUGCAACUCCUGCAGGGAACAGUGCCCCGGCUUCCUGCUGCAUGGCUGGAGAAAGAUUUGUCAGCACUGCAAAUGCCCGAGGGAGGAGCACGCCGUGCACGCGGUGCCUGUGGACCUGGAACGCAUCAUGUGUCGGCUGAUCUCAGACUUCCAGCGCCACUCCAUCUCCGACGAUGACUCGGGCUGUGCCUCGGAGGAGUAUGCCUGGGUGCCCCCUGGUCUCAAGCCUGAGCAGGUAUACCAGUUUUUCAGCUGCCUCCCAGAGGACAAGGUCCCCUAUGUCAACAGUCCUGGGGAGAAAUACAGGAUCAAGCAGCUGCUGCACCAGCUGCCCCCACACGACAGUGAGGCACAGUACUGCACAGCACUGGAAGAGGAGGAGAAGAAAGAGCUCCGAGCCUUCAGCCAGCAGCGAAAGCGGGAGAAUCUGGGGCGUGGCACCGUGCGCAUCUUCCCAGUGACCAUCACUGGGGCCAUCUGUGAGGAGUGUGGAAAGCAGAUCGGAGGCGGGGAUAUUGCAGUGUUUGCCAGCCGUGCAGGCCUGGGUGCCUGCUGGCACCCACAGUGCUUUGUAUGCUCCACGUGCCGGGAGCUGCUGGUGGACCUCAUCUACUUCUACCAUGCUGGCAAGGUCUACUGUGGUCGCCACCAUGCCGAACGCCUGCGCCCGCGCUGCCAAGCCUGUGAUGAGAUCAUCUUUUCCGCUGAGUGCACGGAGGCUGAAGGCCGGCACUGGCACAUGGGUCACUUCUGCUGCUUUGAGUGUGAAGCCUCGCUAGGAGGGCAGCGCUACGUCAUGCGUCAGAGCCGCCCCCACUGCUGCGCCUGCUACGAGGCCCGCCACGCGGAGUACUGUGAUGGCUGUGGGGAGCACAUUGGCCUGGACCAGGGCCAGAUGGCUUAUGAGGGCCAGCAUUGGCACGCCUCAGACCGCUGCUUCUGCUGUAGUCGCUGCGGGCGAGCCCUCCUGGGCCGCCCCUUCCUGCCACGCCGGGGCCUAAUCUUCUGCUCGAGAGCCUGCAGUCUGGGGUCUGAGCCCACGGCUCCGGGGCCUGGCCGCCGCAGCUGGAGCGCAGGCACGGUCUCCGCACCUCUCGCAGCCUCCACAGCCUCUUUCUCUGCUGUGGAGGGGGUGUCAGAGACCUCCACCAAAGGCACGAGCACGGAGCCAGCGCCUGCUGCAGGCCCCGAAGAGCCCGCCCGCUUUCUGAGAGGGGCCCCCCACCGCCACUCCAUGCCAGAGCUGGGGCUUCGCAGCGCCCCAGAGCCUUCCCCGGGGCCCCCUGGCCAGCCAGACCAGCCCCCGGAAGAUGGUGCCUUCGGUCGCCAGAGCGCCCCACGCGUCAGCUUCCGAGACCCCCUGGUAUCCGAGGGAGGCCCGCGGCGGACCCUGAGUGCACCCCCAGCCCAGCGCCGCAGGCCGCGCAGUCCCCCUCCCAGGGCCCCCACCCAUCGCCACCGCCGCCGCCACCACCACCACCACCGUCACCACCGCCACUCUGGCAGAUGUCGCCGCCAUCACUGUGACUUGGGAUCCGGAUCCGACUCGGAAUCUUGCUCCAGCUCGUCCUCCAGCCCCAGUUCCGAGUCCUCAGAGGACGACGGCUUCUUCCUAGGGGAACGCAUCCCACUGCCCCCGCACCUGUGCAGGCCCGUGCCUGCUCAGGACACUGCAACUGAGACCCCCAACUCCCCAUCUCCACAGCUCCCCAGGAACUCGCGCCCAGGGAUGCCUCGCCAGGCCAGAGACAAGAACUGUACCGUGGCCUGAAGGCUCAAGUCAGUGUAGAUGAUGACACCUCUCCCCCCGCACAUAAGUCAUAAAUCCCCUUCCUUCCUCUCUCCCUGUCUGUUUGUAUCAUUGAAGUAAUUUAAUGUGUUGUAGAACAA